GAUGGUUUUUAUCCUUGCCGUUUUUCCUUUGCUUGCAUUUGUAAUUGUUUGAAAGUACUAUCGACGGUUUUUACCACAACCGUUAUUUUAUGUUAUUGCAUAUAUUUUUGGUAGUUGUGGCUUCAACCUCUGGCAGACGGUUUUUAUCCUUGCCAUUUUUUCUUUGCUUUGCUUUGCAUUUGUAAUUGUUUGAAAGUACUAUCGACGGUUUUUACCUCAACCGUUAUUUUAUGUUAUUGCAUAUACUUUUGGUAGUUGUGGCUUCAACCUCUGGCAGAUGGUUUUUAUCCUUGCCAUUUUUCCUUUGCUUUGCAUUUGUAAUUGUUUCAAAGUACUAUCGACGUUUUUUACCAUAGCCGUUAUUUUAGGUUAUUGCAUAUAUUUUUGAUAGUUAUGGCUUCAACUUCCGGCAGACGGUUUUUAUCCAUGCCAUUUUUCCUUUGCUUUGCUUUGCAUUUGUAAUUGUUUGAAAGUACUAUCGAUGGUUUUUACCAUAGCCAUUAUUUUAUGUUAUUGCAUAUAUUUUUGGUAGUUGUGGCUUCAACCUCUGGCAGAUGGUUUUUAUCCAUGCCAUUUUUCCUUUGCUUUGCUUUGCAUUUGUAAUUGUUUGAAAGUACUAUCAACGGUUUUCACCAUAGCCGUUAUUUUAUGUUAUUGCAUAUAUUUUUGGUAGUUGUGGCUUCAACCUCUGGCAGAUGGUUUUUAUCCUUGCCGUUUUUCCUUUGCUUUGCAUUGUAAUUGUUUCAAAGUACUAUCGACGGUUUUUACCAUAGCCAUUAUUUUAUGUUAUUGCAUAUAUUUUUGAUAGUUAUGGCUUCAACCUCCGGCAGACGGUUUUUAUCCAUGCCAUUUUUCCUUUGCUUUGCUUUGCAUUUGUAAUUGUUUGAAAGUACUAUCGACGGUUUUUAUCAUAGCCGUUAGUUUAUGUUAUUGCGUAUAUUGUUGGUUUGUAAACAUUUUGUAUUAAUAAAGCAUAUAUACAUUUUUUUUUCUAAAAUACUCUAACUUCUGUAAUACAUAGAUGUAGAGUAUUUUCAUUUAUUUAACUUGUACUUUUUGCAACUUGUGAUAUAAAAUAAAUGGUUAAUAGGUGCCCCGUUACAAUUGUAACUUUAAUAAAACGGCGGGUUGAUACUUAGUGGAAUUAAUGCACAAAUUCUCGUAUAUAUUGUACAUAGGAUAGAAGUGGGCACUGGGCGAAGUCUGGGAAGGGGGAGAGGGUGGUCAACCCACACCUGUCCUCAAAGCCAACACCUGCGCUAAGCCCUUUCCAGAGGCGAGACCCGCUCCCAUUUCCAAUCCAAGCCUAUUCCAACCCCGGGCAUGAAGCUUUAACCAUCGCCGCACCCCUUCGCAAAGCGUUUCCCUCCGAACCCUCCUCACAACCCUGACGUCGUUGUCUUAUACAUAUGGCUAUGGUUUGUGCCACUCAAAUGGAUUCAAGCGGAGAUGUAGAGUUGACCAGUUUAAACUGGCUGCAUAAUCUCAACAUCAUGCCUCCUACCCUGCCGACACCACCCACAUCACCUAAGCCACCUCCAAAGAAAUCACCUACUCUCCGACUCACACUCAACCCUGCAAUGUUGGAAGAAUACAAAACAUGUGGUGACAAAAAACCUCCGUUUUCAUAUGCAACUCUCAUAUGCAUGGCCAUGAGAGCAAACCAGAACAAAAUGACUCUUUCGGCAAUAUAUUCAUGGAUCAAAGAAAACUUUCUGUAUUAUAGAAAUGCUGAUCCCAGCUGGCAGAAUUCCAUUAGGCAUAACUUGAGCUUAAAUAAAUGUUUUCUCAAAGUCCCAAGAAGCAAAGAUGAACCGGGCAAAGGAGGGUUUUGGAAAUUUGAUAUUGAUACCCUUGAGGAAGGCCAACGAAAUAGAAAAAGACUAGGGAGUAGUGGUCUAACAAAUAGACGUGCAAAAAGUGGAAAACGCAAAACAGUAGAUGUUCCACAAGAAGUAUCAAUGCAAGGCCCCAAUGUUAUAGUACAACAAAUCCUUCCAGAAUUGCAGAUCAAUGUUCUCCGGCAGAGGCCCAAUUUGAACAUCUGAGGGCCAUACUGUUGAUGGUUUGAGUCAAGAGGUAAUUCCCAGUGAACAAAAAUGUUGGAGUUAUUAUAAUACUUAUACUAUAUUACAU